CCGCUAAUGUCAGUAUUCAGGACUCUGCCCCCAGGAAGAGACUGACCAGGAGUGGUUUUAUGUGGGAGGACGGCCCAGAACACCUACAAAACAUCCAGAGAAAUCUCCAGACAGGAUUAGAAAAUAUUCCUCAAAUUGGAGCAGGGUGUUCUGUGAUGACUGUGUUUCUCAAGAAUAAGUCCCUUUUGCACCAAGGAACUACCGAAACCAGACUACAAUGCUGCUAUCUCCAGCUGUCACCUUCACCCUUCUCACUCUGUUUGUGCCAGCCUGUUUAAGUGGUAGGAUUCUGGUGUUCCCUGUGGAUGGCAGCCAUUGGGUUAACAUGAAUAUCCUCCUCUUGGGCCUAUAUGAACGUGGCCAUAACCUGACUGUGAUACGGUCCUCCACAAGCUGGUACAUUUCAGAGAAGGCACCCCACUACACUUCCAUCACUGUCCCACUAAAUGAAGUCUUGAACUUGGAAAGUCACGACUACAUGUCUUCGUUUCUACGGAGGAACAUUGAGAUUCGCCGAGGAGAAGGUUCUCCUCUUGCUUUCAUUGCCCUGCAAAGAGAAAUCAUUUCUUUGCUCAACGAUGCACACAGGAUGACCGCACAAAUGGUCCUCACCAUGUUUGAAGACAAACACCUUAUGAAGCGACUCGAGCAAGCUCAGUUUGACCUAGUCUUGACUGAUCCUGGUUUUGGUGGAGGAGUCCUUGUGAGUUACUUUCUACGGUUGCCUUUGGUCCUUAAUGUCCGCUGGAUCACAAAUGGGGACGGUCACUUUGCCAUUGCCCCAUCCCCUCUGUCCUAUGUUCCUACAAUUGGCUCCCGAAUGUCAGAUAAAAUGGGCAUCAUCCAAAGAGCCAAGAACAUUCUCCACUAUGGCAUAGGCCUCUACAUUGAUCAUUUCGUGACCCGGCCUCAUUACCAGGUUGUAUGUGAUCGCUACUUUGGCCAAGAUGUUAACAUCUACUCACUCAUCCAGGGGGCAGACCUAUGGCUAAUGAGAGUGGACUUUGUCUUUGAGUUCCCGCGUCCCACCAUGCCCAAUGUCAUUUACAUGGGAGGCUUCCAAUGCCAGCCCUCUAAACCCCUGCCCCCAGAUCUGAAUGAUUUUGUUGAGAACUCAGGAGAACAUGGAGUGAUUAUAAUGUCACUGGGAACACUGGUCAAUGGCCUUUCAGCUGAGCUGACUGAGAAAAUAGCUUCUGCCUUCGCCCAGCUUCCUCAGAAAGUCAUCUGGAGACACCUGGGGGAGAGACCUUCUACCCUUGGUAAUAACACCUUACUGGUCAAAUGGAUGCCGCAGAAUGACCUCUUAGGGCACCCUAAAACCAGAGUCUUUGUAGCUCAUGGGGGCACCAAUGGUAUAUAUGAGGCCAUCUACCAUGGGGUGCCAAUAGUUGGCAUCCCUCUGAUCUUUGACCAGUUUGAUAACAUGGUUCGUCUGGAGGCCAGAGGGGUGGCAAAGGUUUUGGAAGUCACAACCCUGGAGACUGCUGACAUGCUUCAGGCUCUUCAGGAAGUCUUGGAGGACCCUUCCUACCAGCUGAACAUGCAGAGGAUGUCCAGCCUUCAUCGGGACCAGCCCAUGAAGCCUUUAGAUCAAGCGUUCUUCUGGAUUGAAUACAUCAUGAGGAACAAGGGGGCAGGACACCUGCGCACAGAGUCCUAUAAGAUGCCUUGGUAUUCUUACCAUUGCCUGGAUGUGGCUGUGGUCUCGCUGACUUUUCUGUUUGCCAUCCUGGGCACCAUGAUAGCUUUUUGCAGAUGUCUUUGCUGUGGGAAAUGCAAGAAACAAAAAUUCAAGAGGGACUGACUUUAAACAUUAGACAGGAGCUAUCUUAUCACUACUGUAUACAGUACACAGUAGCAUACCUCACAGUGCCCUUAUUUGAUUUAUGUUUGUAUUUAACCUUGAGAAACAACUGUAACCGUAGAAGCAUAGAUUACAUUACUUCAGUGCUGUAGACAUUGUUUUGCUUCUCACUGAAGCCGAUUAUGAAUAUGCCAACAGGUUAAUUGUGAAAUCCCAAAACCUGAAUGAAACAUAUAAUAUGUUUUCAAAUGGAUAAAUGUUAUGUAUAUUUUUAAAAUUAAAU